AUGAUUGACAACGAAGUGUCGAACCUUGUGGAAAAGUUGAGGGGCCGGAUGCAUCUAUCUGUAGAAAAGCUAGAGUUACUUGUUGGGGUUGAUCCAAAGCUCAACGAGUUGUUAGUCGAGUAUCUUGCUGCUCUUGCUCCGGACAAAGGACAUCUAAUCAUUUGUGAGCUUCUUCUUAUUGAGGAGCCCGAAAGGAUUGUACCUGUUAUUCGAAGGAUAUUUGAAUCUUUUCCAGACGAGGUGGACAGAUUCAUCAAGAAGCUUCUUAAAUCACCAUUUUAUGUACAAAGACAAGCUAUUCCAUCCUUGAUUGUGAACAUGGAGUACAAGGAGGCAAAGGAGGCUUUGAGAAGAUGCUUGAAGGAUCCUGUUGCAGCAGUAGCUAGAAAAGCAGCGUUAUCGCUAGAGGAAUACAAGACGAUUCCAUUUGAUGACGACGAGCUUGUAGAGAUUGUGAACGAUCUGCAUGGCUCCUACUCGGAAUGGAUUCAGUGUGCAAGUUCUUGUGUGAUUCCCCUUAUAAAGAGACAGACAAAGUUUGUAUCUGAGAUAUGCACAUCGAAAUCCUGGAGGAGAAGGUAUGCAAUUGCUAAGGAGAUUCGCAGGCUCAAUGUAAGCGACCGAGCUGCUGUGUAUUCACAUCUGUCCCAGGAUCCUGAGGAGGAGAUUAGAAUAUGUCUUGCAGGAAACAUGGAGCACGUUGAAGGUUGGGACAGGCUUGUUCCGUUGUUUCUGAAAGACAGUAGUCCUGGAGUCCGGGCCCUGAUCAUCCAGAUGAUAGGAAACAGAGAGGAGUUUCAAGAGAUGCUAAAGGAUGUUAUCACGGAUACAAGUUGGGAAGUUAAAAAGGCUCUUCUGUGUGUCCAGAGGGUGGAUACAUACAAAAGCAUUGUCAUCCCUCUUAUAAACACCCUCAACUCCACACCUAAUUGGAGGACAAGAAAGGAGAUCCUCGAGUCUAUUUCAUGUGCCUCGAAGCAGGAUGAAAAGCUUCUCAAGGAGUUUUUGGGAAGGCAUCUUCUUGGCUAUCUUAAGGACAAGGUGUAUGAGGUAAGGGCAGAGGCUUCCAAGGUAAUUGGGGAGUUAGUUUCGAUAUAUCCCUGGACGGUUGAAUGGCUCCCCGAGAUAGAAGCCAUCUCCUCAUCAAAGUCCUAUCUGUAUAGGAUAACUUCGGUGGAGGCAGCACUCUCCUUUGAUAAGGCCCACGGAACGGGGUUUGGGAAGAAGCUGUUGUCGGACCCGAUUGAAAAUGUGAAGUUGUGCACACUGGAAAGAAUAGAUGCGCAGGAAAUGGACGAGGGCAUAAAAGAAAUUGUUUGUAGGCUAUGCGACAGUUCGGAUUCCGAGAUCAGAAGGGCAGCCAAAGGCCUUUUGAAAUAG